AUGAAGUUCAUCACAGAGAAGGUUAUUAUCCCUCUCAGGAGCCAACAGGAAGUUAGCCAAUUCGGCCAAGCGGAAGUCUCUAGUGAGCAUGCUCAACAAACCGAGCCCAACAAACAGGAAGCGAACAGACAGGUACUAAAAUCCAUCCUGCCUUACCUUUGGGAUGUUUACUCUGCACCUUCACCAGCCGGCAGAGACGUCCUGACUCUGCUGUCUCUGUGUUUCACGCUCACCAUUGUUACUGGAGGCCUGCUUCACCACUGGCUGUCCAAGACACUGAGAUACGACCAUGAUGCAUCUAUCCAGACCGCCUGCAUCUACAGCGUGGCCAUGUUUCUGGUCUCGUUCCUGUGUCACCCCCUGCGCUGUGUGCUGACCAUGAUUCUGCCCACAGUCUGUACCAGACAGGGGCGUAAGCUCAUCAUCUCAGCCUCUGUUAUGAUUUUACUGUUGAACGUUAUUCCUAAUAUUACUGUUAACGUAGGGGCGGUUGUACGCAUCCUGAAGUGCACCGCUGAGGGUUUUACAAAGACUUUAUUGAACUCAUCUGAACCUUUGAACAAAGCAAAGCGAGACCUUUUUGAAGAAACCAUCAAAGUGAGACAGGACAUUGUUACUAAAUUAGAGAAGUUGCAUCAUUUCACAGAUGUUGAGUCAGAAGUGUCAAAAGUCAAAAGCACAUUUAUGAGGUUGAUUGGGCAGAUAGAAGUCAACUUCUCACAUGCCAGGAACCUGCUAAAAGACUACAAACUGCUAUCAAACCGAAUUCUUGCUGCCAUUUUUGUUGCCUUACUAAUCUUUGAGUCUGCACGCUACUUGAAAUCGUAUCUGACAUCAGUCCAGUUUGAUAAUGGCUACGUCCCUAAAGAGCUCCUGCAAAAAACAACUCAUGAUGGCAACAAAAGGCGAGCUAAAAAUAAAACUUGUCCCACAAACUGUAAAAUAACCACUCAGGAAUGUACUUCUUGUUUCAUAUCACUGGUUGUGGUAACAUUAUACUUCAUUGCAAUAACUGUAAUAGUUGCUCUGGAUCAUGUUGUGUAUCAUAUAGUUCAGAUGAUUUUGCCGUGGCUUCGAGACUUUCCAUCUACAUCUGCCAGCAUAAAUGUCAGUUAUAAGGUUCAGAUGUUUCCGCCUGCAUUUUGUAUUAUCCCACAAUCCUGCGUCACACACGAGCUGACAAACUUCCACAAAGAGUACAGGUGGACCUUCAGCCCCGAGCCUUCGCUCUGUGAUGUGACAACUUCAGCUCCAAACCUGGGAGUGACACUCCUGCUGGGAUGUCUGUGGCUGAUGAGCUACUCUCUGGUGUUCCUUGAGGUCUACGCCAGACGGCUGCGCAGGAAAAUCUCUGCAUCCUUUUUCAAAAAGCAGGAGGAGAGGAGAACGGCUUACUUGAUGAGGAAAAUAGAAGCAAAGCAGAAUAGAGAAGAGCAAGAAGGGACUGUGCCUGUUGAGGUUGCCUGUCAGUGAGCUUCACUUUACAGUGCAGUUUGUCUGAUUUUUCUGGUAAUGUUUUUAGCCACAUGUGUGCCUCUAAGAGGUGGCAAUGUUGGUCUGUAGGCCAGUCAGUCCAGGCUACAACAUCUCAACAAAUAUUCGAUCCAUUGCCAUUAAAAACAUCUAUAGACAUGUUUGUCCCCAGACGAAGAGUCCUUGUGACCUUACAAGUAGGACCACCAACAGGUCAAAGAUUUCACUGAUUUAGAGAAAGACGUAUCUCAACAUUUACUUGAAAAUUUUGUACAGACAUUCAUGAUUUCCAGAUGAUGAAUCCUAAUGACUUUGGUGAUCCCGUGACUUCUCCUGUAGCGCCCUGUAGCGUACUUACAAUAUAAGUGAUAGGGGCCAAAGUGUCCAAACAGAAAUGCAUUUAAAAGUUUAUCUGAAGCUUAUAUGAGGCUUCAGCAGUCAUAUUUUAGUCAUAGUUAGUCAUAUUAAGUUGAUAUCUGCCAUAUUUACAGUCUUUUGAGCUGCAGUGGAAGUACAAUAACAAAAAAGGGACUUUGACACUA